GACCGGCACAACCGCGCAGUCAUGCUGUGCCCGGCUCGUUGCUCUUGCUUCCUGUGCCGCGAACUGCAGUCCUGCCGCGCUGCCGACUCGAGAAAACCCCCGAAAAAUAUGUGCGACAACUUCAUACUUAAAAAGGCUGAGGCCUGGGAGCCGAUGAAGUUCAUUCGAGGGGCUGCUCGACUCUCGGUGAGACAUUGGCAGAAUAGGGAACCUGUGAGCUCCUCUAAGGCGAGAAUUACAACACAUAAGUCUACCAGUUGCGAGCAACUCUACCCUCAUCCCUCCGAAGAGGAUAUGGGCCCGUUCGGGAUGCGGAGAGCACCGAGCACAGACAGAGUGAAACAAACGGAACAUAAGCCAUUGUUCAAACUUCUCGGUAAUUCACGGCUGAAGAAAAUUAGUAACAGUGACGCUUCCGAAUCGAAAACAAAACGGAGUGUUUUAAAUUUUAGAAAAAGCGACGUUUCAAACGCUAAGAACCUUCAUGAAAAAUAUAUACCGCUACCUCAGUUGUCGACACCUGAGCACAUCUACAGCGAACCUAGACACUGGAAUGGACAGUUCGAUGAUUGUUGUCGACCUCCAGUUUACCAAAGUGUGGAAAAGACGAAUGAAGAAAAUCAAAAAGGAUCAGUCUCUGACAGGAAAAUAUACAACAACCGACCGCCUUGUUAUGAAGAGCUGGCUCAGAGGCUUUCGCAGGAAAAAAACAAGAAGUCAAACCUGCCCAUUUCGGAAAUUGGUUUAGCAAAUAAAAUUACACAAAAUAACAAUAAAGUGGUUAUAUAUUUUGGUGAUUCUAUUAUUCGUAAGCAUAGUGAACAAAAGAAGGAAGAAAAUAAACAGAACGAGGUCACACCACAAAAAGAGGAAGCAAUUUAUGCCAAUCGUUUGCUAGACGAGACUGCUAAUUUAGGAUUAAGCAAAGAAGUAGACAAGGGUGGAGGAACACAAAUGGUUUCCGAGAUUCAAAUACCUGAAGCUAUUUAUGCUGAAGUUAAAUCUGAAGAUACUAAAGCUGUCUCAGAUAUUGUGACCAUAAAUGACGCUACAUAUAAGAAGGAUGUGUUUGGGACAGUGAGUUCUGAUGGAUUUUUGGUGGUUGAAUUUGAGGGUAACUUCGAGAGGGCUCGGCAACUGGUGGACCUUGUCCACGGAGGAGGCACUGACCAUCACGAGGCUACAGUUCUUGAUGAGGAUGAGCUGUGUGACUGGAGUUUCAUUCAAGACUGGCGUAAACGGCCAUCGAGCGGUUGCCGACCCUCUGAAGAGAGUGCGUGGUGCGGCGGCGUGUCGGGCGCGCGAGCACUGCGCGUGCGAGUGGCGACCGCGGGCGCGACCCCCGCGCCGGCCCACGCGCGCCGCCUGUCCCCCCCGCCGCACGCGCACCGCGCCACCACCCCGCCGCCGCCCUCUUCGCCCAAUAAACCCCACCAUGAAGAGCCUCCAGCAGUGACUUCGGAAACCCCAAGCACUGCUCAGCUGAAGGCUGUAAGUGCUGUGUCGCAGCUGACUGUGGCCAGUGCCCCAGUACGGAGUGCUCCAGCGCAGAGCAGCUACGCAUUGGAGCGACGUCCGAAGCAUGACCAUCAUCAUCGGUCUCUGGAGACUGUGCCGGCUGUUCAGAAUGGUCGGGAAUGCAACAGUAGUUCCGAUGAGAAUCGUUCCUCUGGACAUGCGUCUAUGUCUGACAGUGGAGGAGCCGAGGCCGGGCGUGAGGAGCCUAGGAGGAAUCGGCAGCCACCGCACACCAGAACUAAACAUCGACCACAUGGCAAGCUGCAGUCGCCGUGGCCUGGGGGUGGAGGUCUCGAAGAUAUCAGAUCGGCGAUCAAGCAGCUGACACUGAGAUCUCGUGACAGUAGCAGUACAGCCACAAGUGGUGCUUCCAGUGCGGGUGGCGGGAGUAACAAUGGAGCACAAGAGAGUGGUAGCGCGGCAGAAGCUCGUCGGCGCCGAGCACCUUUGGUCAGGCAGCCGUCGCUCGACACCGUCUGUACCAACGUUACAAGCGCAGAUGAAUUCGUGUGGGUGGACUCACAUAACAGGUUAGUUGAAUUGCGGCGCGUACCAUGGACGGCAAGCGAAGUGAGCCGUGCUCUUCAAGCGGGACGCUGCAGAGAGAUUGCACAUCGAAUGGCUCCGGACACGCCGCCUCGACUAGCCUAUCUACUACAGAGGGCACUGGUGCGAAUAGCUCGGGAAGCCCAGCGACUGUCGCAAAACUUCGGCUUUUGUUCGAAACAUGAGAUCGCUGGCGCCUUCAGAAUUGUUUUGAGCACACCGUUAGCUGACUCUUGCAUAAAGGGUUGUCAACGGGCUGCAACUAUGUAUGCAACUUCAGGCAGUGCAGCGAGGCGGCUCGGUUCCGCCGCUAGAGCGAGGACCAGCCUUGCCCCAGGCCGGUUUCAGAGGUGGAUGCUGGAUGUACGCGUUGCUUCGUUUGUACACGAAUACGCAGCUAUAUAUCUAUGUGCUGGUAUAGAGACGUUGCUAGAAGAGAUAGCACUGAUCUCCAGCAGUGGCGCAAGUAAUGGACCCAUUACUCCUGCUGCUGUGGACCACGCCGUUGCUAAUUGUGCUGACCUCUGGGGACUUUUACAGCCUUAUAGCCAUCUAAAUGCCGGCAGGAUAGCGUCAGGGGCACUGUCACUUUCUCGGUGGGAAUCGAUGAGUUCUCUUGGCUCCGGAUCAUCAUCAGGCGUAUCUAGACCAGAGCACAGGCAACUUGGACUCAGUCAAGACUCAGGGAUCACUACCAAUGGUUCGGGUGGGUCCGGCACGUCGGCAGGGUCGAACACAAGCUCAGGAGGGUCAGGGGGUUCUGCGGGGUGUGCGUCGGUGCUGCUGACGACGUGCGCGGGCUCGGCGGGCGAGCUGCGCGCCGUGCUGCGCCGCGUGCAGCCGCGCCUGCCGCCGCUCGCGGCCGCCGCCGAGCGCGCGCUCUACUACUUCAUGAGGUGCUCGCAGUUGGAACACAACAGCGGUGCAUCAGGCGGCAGCUGUGGUGCAUCCGGACUAUGGGGUGAACGUGGCGCUGGUGCACUCCCUCCGCUGGCUGAGUGGCUUCGAGUGCUGCGCGCACACGCCAGUCUCCGCCCACCACCAGCUCUGCCCGACGCUGAUGAUGUACUCCAAGCUGCAAGGCUGCUACUUCCGCAUGCUGACUGUCCACCGAGACCUAUCACCUUAGAAGAACCUAUAGAGCCAGUCUGGUCGCGCUGCGCUAGAAGCACCGACGAAUUGAGUCGUGCUGCUUUGGGCCUGGCUCAGCGAGCAUUACUCAGCGGUAGAGCUGAGCUGGUGGGAGGAGUACGACCACUGCUACCUCCGGCUGGUAUCGACGCAACUGACGCUGCUGGACUUACAGCUUUGAUGAAGGCUGCGUUAGCAGGAGAUGACCAGAUCGUUGCAAUGCUGUUGGAGGCAGGCGCAGAUCCGAACAUAGAGACAGGCGGAACCUGUGCGGCCCACUGCGCUAUGCCCCUAUCCCCAAGAUCGCCAAACACACAGCAGAAUGCCCCCGUGUACACUGCUCCUACCGCUGGCUGGACGGCGCUGGUUUACGCGUGCAGUGGUGGCGGCGGAGCGGGUGGAGGGGGCGGCGGGGGCGGGGGCAGCGCCCUAGAGUGUGCGCGGCGCCUGCUAGCGGCUGGUGCGCGGGUGGACGGCGCGCCCGCCAGGGGAGACGACGUGUGCACGCUCACACCGCUGCAGGUGGCAUGUGGAGUUGGUAAUCUGGAGCUAGUACAGAUGUUGCUGUCCCACGGAGCAGACCCGUUCCUCUCGACCCAGCUCAACGAUGCCUUGUGCUACUCGGCCGCUGCCCAGUACGGAUGCUACAGUGCGGUGGCGGUGUGCUGCACGCACGGGCGGCGCGCGUGCCUGCGGGCGGCGGUGCGGGGCGGGGGGGCGCGUGCGGUGCUCUCCCUGGAGGAGGUGCUGGCGGAGGGCGCCGCCCCCGCCCCCGCGCCCGCGCCCUCCCCGCGCCCGCCCGCGCUCUCCAAGCUGCAGCAGCGCGCGCUGCAGGACGCCAUGUACUGCUCCGCGGAGACCGACCACCUCGACAUGACAUUGGAGUUGCGAGCGCUGGGCGUGCCGUGGUCUCUGCACGCGUGGACGCUGUCGCUAGCGGCCGCAGCUGACGCCUCGCUGGAUCACGUUAUUGAUCAAUUACUACAAGAUUUUCUGCAGGUAUGUCCAUCUGAUGACAGCCACUAUAGUAAACAAUUCAUUUACGAAUGUCUUCCGCUGCUGUUCAACAUUUUACGGUACAGCAAGAAGGAGGGCACGGUGCUGCUGCUGGCGGACAUCCUGUGCGCGUGCUACGGCUGGGAGCCGGUGCCGGCGGUGGCGGGCCCGGCCGCCGACCCGCCGCCCGCACCCUCGCGGGUCGACCCCUCCUACGUCAACAACCCCUCGCUCGCUGACGUCACCUUCAGGUACAGACCCACCACACGUCAUACCGCCGACCCGCCGCCCGCACCCUCGCGGGUCGACCCCUCCUACGUCAACAACCCCUCGCUCGCUGACGUCACCUUCAGGGUUGAGGGGAGACUGUUCUAUGGACACAAGAUAGUGCUAGUGUCAGAGUCGCCACGACUGCGUGCGAUGCUGGCGCCAGCACGUCCGGCUGCAGACGCGAUGUCGCCCACUGGAGCCACGCCACCUCUUGUGCAGAUCAAUGAUAUCAGAUACCACAUAUUCGAGCAAGUCAUGAAGUACCUGUACUCCGGCGGAUGCUCCGGCCUGGAUAUACCUGAGAAUGAUGUGCUGGAGGUGCUGGCAGCCGCCUCCUUCUUCCAGCUGUUGCCACUGCAACGGUUCUGCGAGGCUCGCGCUGCGAAGACUAUUGACCUGCACAAUCUUGUUUCAGUUUAUAUUCAUGCGAAGGUCUACGGUGCAACCCAACUUCUAGAGUAUUGUCAAGGAUUCCUCCUGCAAAAUAUGGUAGCUCUGCUCACUUACGACGACUCAGUAAAAAGAUUAUUAUUUGGAAAACGACUGCCCGGACAUAACGUCCUUGGAGCGUUAUUGACUACUUUACAGAAACGCAUUGAAGCCAGGAAAAAUCAGGCCAAACCUAGGUAGCAGUAAUUUAAAUUAAGUGCAUACAAUUAAUAAAAAAAAUGCCACAUGUAAUAGAACUACACAGUUGUAUUGCAUACUGUUUGGUAGCUAUUCUAUAAUUACUUAUAUUGUAAUUAAUUAAAUUAUUACCAUUAGUGUCGUUCAUUAUAAAUAUAAAAAGCCUGACCAGAAACUCUAAUAAAAACUGCUAUUUUAGCAGUAAUUUAUAUUACUUGCAACAUUAAUAAAUAAUAAACUUGAACGACGAAAUGUAAUAAAAACUUCUAUUUUAGUAAUAAUUUAUUUUACUUGCAACAUUACGAUUUAGUGUCAAUGAUUUUUCCGUAAUGAAUCACAAGUUGACACCACAUAAUUCCAUAAAUAAAUCAAUAAUUAUGUAAUUUUUUUUUCAUAUGUCGUUGAACAUUACGUAAUUAAGAUGUGACAAGAACUGAUUAUUAUUUUUUUAAUUAUGCAUAUUUAUUAUUACCACUUUUAUUCCAAAUUCAAACUUUGGUAUUUUGAACACAACCAUAAGUUAUAAGUAUUAUUGAACCGCUAUUUUAGCAUUCUGGUCAGGGCUUAUAUUGUUUAUAUAAAAUAUGAAUGAAUACUCAAAAAAUACAAAGAAUAGAGCACGUUGAAAUAUAUAUAGUCUAUAAACUUUAUGCGGGACACUUCCAAACAAAUCUGCAGAAUGUCGGUGUGUUAAAAUUGUUGUGAACGAUUUUUUUUAAUAAUGCUUUAUUUUUGACCAUGGAUACAAGUCCUUCAGGCAAAUACAUUUUUGUAUACAUAACAUAAAAAUUAUGUAUACAAAAGAAUUACGAGUUGCCAAUCUACCGAUGUUAUCUUCUUAAACUGCUAUUAACAGGUUAUGGGCGCAGUGCCUAAAAUGUUACAUGCUAGUAUAAUUCCUAAUUGAUUAAAAAGCAAAUUGCCUGAAAUGAAAUAUGCCACUACGGCAAUCAUACCUAAAACGCCAUUUGGCUAAUAAACAGAUUGCCUAUAAUAUAAGGUAACUCUAAUGUUGGCUGACAACUAUUAAUAAAAUCUAAAAUAUAAAUAAUAAAUUACAUACUUAUAUAAGUAUAAGGUAAGCAUAAUACUCGAGAAUGGUUGAACUCAUUUAGGCAUUUUUUAAACAUAUUUCUUAAAUAUCAAGAAUGGUUCUUGUCGAAACAAAAUUUUAAAAUUGUCCCAAAAAACGAAAGAAAAUAGCAGACUCAUUUUUUCUAUUAUGUGAGGUGUCGCGCAAAUCUAUCGACUUUUUAAUCUGUUACGUAGAACGAACGUUUUGUACUAAUUUUACAGAUAACCAUAAUUCCAAUGGCUACAUGUGUAUUGAAAUUUGAACUUUAUUGUAACGUUCAGUGGAGAUAUAAUUAUGAAUAUGUAGAUACGUAAGUAGAAUUUAUAGGUACAGAGAGAGAGUACAAUAAAAUAUGUUUGUAUUAAAUAAUACGAUAUCUGUCAUUUUGAUCAACUUUUGCUAAACUAUUGUAUUAAAUCAAAAGUAUUAUGAUUGUAACAAAAAUGUAAUUAUGUAUUGUUGAAAUAAAGCUUGUUGUAAA